GUAAUUAAAUUAAAAUGAUGGAUGAAUUUUUUGAAGAUGUACAAACUUCUGAUUAACCGAGUGAUAUUUAGAAUAGGUAAUAAAAUGGGAUUUAAGAAGAUUAGGUAAUAAAUUCUUGUGAUAUAAGUAUGCUGUCUUUGAUGCUUUUGCAGAAGAAGCAACAAUUUAACCAAUUAUGAUUAAUGCUUAUGUGGUAUAAUUCAAGUUUAUUUAGCAUAGAGCCCAUAAUAAUAAUAAAGAAAAGAUAAAUUGCGAAUUUUAGAAGAUGAAAGAUUAGCUUAAAUUAGAGAAAAGGAUUAAUAAGAAAGAUUAUUGAAAUAAUAAAAAAAAUAAAAAGGUUAAGAGUUUUUGUAGGAAUUUAAAAAGUAAUAAGUUAUUAAAAAUUUUAAGAUAAUAAGAAGUAGAUAUUCAAUAAAGAAGUAAUUAAAAUAGAUAGAAAUAAGAGAUUUGGUUUGAAAAUUAAAAAAAUCACAAUCAAUAUGUAUGAUAGUGUAUUAAAUUAAAGAAAAACUCUUGGGAUUAAAUAUCAUCUAAUAUAGCUUUAAAAGAUGGAGAAUAUCCUGGUUAAAAAGAUGUAACUAAAAUGAGAUAAGCAAUCCUAAAUAAAAGAAGCGAUCUGAUUAAGUGAUGCUCAUUAAUAUAAUAUUAAAAUUCAAUUCAAAGUUAUUUGUGC